AUGGAGUGCCUCCGAGAUUCUUUUUACGACGGUCUCGUCCUCGAUGGCCGUUUCGAGACAGUCUCCCCCCUCAACCAUGGAUCCUUUGGUAUGGUCUUCAUGGCCAACGAUUUGACCAAUGGCGAUUUCGUUGCCAUCAAGUGUUUAACCAAGAAGUCUGCCAGCGAAGACAUGGAUUUUGCUUUUGCCAUUGACGAAAAAUCAGAAGAGCUCGCCUGUCAUGCACGUCUCGGUUCGCACCCCAACAUUGUCAACUUGAUCCAUUCUUUCGAGACCGAUGCCCACGUCUACAUUGUCCUCGAGUUCUGCUCCCGCGGGGAUCUAUACGAGGCCAUCAGAACCGGAACCGGCCCUUUGGAGACGGAGCGUGUCCGACAAUUCAUGCUUCAACUCGUUGACGCUGUUGCUUACAUUCACAGCAAGGGGAUGUACCAUCGUGAUAUCAAGCCAGAGAAUAUCUUCCUUACCCAGGCUGGUGAGAUGAAAUUGGGAGAUUUUGGUCUGGCUACCUCGGAAGAAUGGACAUACGAGACUACUGUUGGCAGUGAUCGUUACAUGUCUCCUGAGCAAUAUGAUUCUGCUGGUGCCGGAUAUUCUCCAGCUCAAGCCGAUAUUUGGGCCGUUGGCAUCUGUUUGCUCAACAUUCUCUUCUCACGCAAUCCAUUCACAACUCCUACCGAGUCCGAUCCUCUUUUCUUGGACUUCACUCGCGAUAAGCAAUCUCUCUUCGACGUCUUCCCAACAAUGUCACAAGAUACGUAUGAGGUUAUUGCUCAGUGCAUGAGCUUGGAUCCACGUAAACGUUCCCUCAGCGGUGUCCGCAAGGCACUGGAGCGUUUGGUUAGUUUCACAACUUUCGAUGAGAGCUUGGACGACUUUGACUCCGCCGAGCGACGAGUCAUUGCCAGCUCCAACCGUGAGCCUCUACGAACUCCAUCCAUCCAGAGUCCCCAGAUGGAUCAAGGUUCCUUCCCAUGGGCCAAGGCAUUACACGCCAGUCCACCACAACCGAUUCGCCAACUUUCUGCCAUUGCCGAUGACGAAAGCUUCUACGAUGACGAAGACCUCUUCCCAGCUUCAGAACAAAGCAACAAAGACUGGUUCUCAAUUCGUCAACAAACACCUUCCUUGGCAUCGGUACUUGAUUCUUCCUUUGGUGUCUCGAUGCAGUCUAUGGCCAUCAGACGCCCCAUGAAGAGUGGUCCACCUCGUGCAAAUCCUUCCACUAUGUCUGGCUCAUUGCCGAUCACUAUGUCCAAGCCAAAGCCUUUACCAUCGAUGGCUUCCAUCUUUGGCAAAAAGAGUGACGUGGUAUCCAAGAGCUGGAGCGAUUUGUGGGACGAGGAUGAAGAGGAAGAAGAAGAAGUUGAGAGACAACUCAUGGCUCGUCAAAUGGCCAACUCGAGGACCUGGAGCCACGAGAGCAAAACAGAAGAUGAUAGGACAGUUCGGGCACCAUUAGAGCCAAAAAGCUCUUCCUAUGUAAAUAUUCAAAAGCCCACACUUGUUACUUCCGACAUCGAUGGGGAUAUCGUGGCAGAUGGUUUUUUCUUCCACGAGGCCCCUCACAAAACUGUCACACCUACGCCCGCUCGUUAUUCACCUCCCUCAAAACGCAACGCUUUCGACAAGUGGUCUGCGCUCGGUGCUGCACGUCGCAAGGCACACACCGGAACAUCCGAAUCAGAAAAAUCACCAGAACCCUUCAAAGUACGGCGCAAUGUUGGAUUAGGCUUCACUGGGUUUGGGGCUGGAGUUUGGGAUACUAAGAUCAGUACUGCUACCAAAGAGAGGGGGCAUGGUGGAGGAUGCCCCUGGGUAAAGGAUAAGGAUAGGGUUCGAGAGUGUGGUCAUCAUCGCCUCGGAGACCUUGAGUGGGUUGGAGGGUUCGCCGACCUCCACUUGUAG